AUGCUGCAUGUUGCUGCUGAUCAGCACGUGCUGCAGAUGCUGGACUCCACAAAGUCACAGGCCGUGGAGACCGGGGAGGGGCAGGAGAAUGGUGAGGGCGGCGAUCAUGCGGGUGGGGAGGAGGAUGGGGCCAGGAAACGACGGCGCAGGGGUGAUGGGGUGGACUAUGUUGCACUCAACAAGCUACUGGAGGAGGAGAGUGCAGGCACAAAACAGGCAUGA